UUCCAUGCUGCCAUUGCCACUGAACAUCGGAAAACCAAACGUUUACAUCCAAUGUAUUCUUCAGAUGCCUGUCCUGUUUACAGCCCGUUCUUCGGUGCUAUGGGCGUUGCGGCAUCGAUAUGCUUGACAUGCCUGGGUGCUUCUUAUGGCACAGCCAAAGCCGGAGUCGGCGUGAUGCACUCCGGCAUCCUCAGGCCUGACCAGGUCAUCAAAAAUAGCAUACCGGUUAUCCUAUCCGGCGUCCUCGGCAUCUACGGCGUGAUCGUGUCCAUCAUGAUCAUCAAUGACCUAAAAGCGGAACAUCACAUCUUCAAGGGGUUCAUCCAGCUGGGCGCCGGCUUGUCAGUGGGCAUCGCAGGAUUGGCUGCAGGAUUCUCCUUGGGUAUUGUGGGCGAUGCAGGAGCCCGGGCGUGUGUGCAGCAGCCACGACUAUACGUCGGAAUGGUCAUGAUUCUCAUCUUUGCGGAAGUUCUGGCAAUCUACGGACUUAUCGUUGCACUACUAUUGCUGUCAUCGGCACGGCAGGUCAGCUGUUAAUAUAUAUAUAUCUUUGUCAAUAAUAAUGUGGG